AUGUGGUACACGUCGUCGGCUCUGACAAACACCUCGUCCAAGUCGAUUCUCAACGCGCUUAAUAUGCCCGCGACUCUGACCCUGAUACAGUUCGGCUUCGUCUCGUCACUGUGCAUCCUCCUCGCCAAGCUGGCCGUCAUCUUUCCCCAUCUGCGCCAACGCAUUACCGCCCUACGAUACCCCAUUCGCCCGCUUUCAAAAGAUGUCAUUGUCACGACGCUGCCCCUGGCUGCCUUUCAAAUCUUUGGGCAUCUGCUGAGCUCGACGGCUACCGCCAAAAUUCCCGUCUCCCUCGUUCACACAAUCAAGGGCUUGUCGCCCCUCUUUACUGUCCUGGCCUAUCGCGUCAUCUACGAUAUCCGCUACCCCAGGGCCACAUACCUGUCGCUCGUCCCCCUGACGCUGGGUGUCAUGCUAGCCUGCUCGGGCAAGCACGGGCUGGGCGGCGAAUUUCUCGGCAUCGUCGAGGCCCUGCUGGCCACCCUUAUCUUUGUCACACAAAACAUCUUCUCCAAGAAGCUCUUCAACGAGGCCGCCAAGGCUGAGAACGACAACAACGCGGCCAGCCAGCAGGUCAGCAAGAAGCUCGAUAAACUCAACCUGCUGUGCUACUCGUCGGGAAUGGCAUUCAUCCUGACGCUGCCAAUCUGGUUGUGGACCGAGGGUUUCUCGCUCCUGCGCGACGUGUUGCACGACGGUUCCAUCGACCUCGCGCAGACACCCACCGCUAUGGACCAUGGGCGCCUGGGUCUUGAGUUUGUCUUCAACGGUAUAUGUCAUUUCGCACAGAACCUCUUGGCCUUUGUACUCCUGUCCAUGGUCUCGCCCGUCACGUAUUCUGUUGCCAGUCUCAUCAAGCGCGUCUUUGUCAUUGUCCUGGCCAUUAUCUGGUUCCGCAGCCCCACGACGCCCAUCCAGGCCCUGGGCAUUGCCCUAACCUUUCUCGGCCUCUACCUGUACGACCGAACGAACGAGAGCAACAAGGCCGACCGACGCGUACGCAUGAUGGCCCAGACGGCAACGCCUACCCCGCUGCUACCCAUCAACACUUCGCAUCACGAUGGCAACAGUCAUGCCACGCCUACUGCUGGCGAUUCGAGCGCCCACCCAUACAACGAGGGCAGCUAUUUCGCGUCUUUCUCGUCCAAGGACGACUCCAAGAAGGCUGACGAGCCACCCAGUUCUACCCGUGGGCGUGUCAGGGGUAACAGCAGCGCCGGCUGGCUGCCUCCGGGUACGAGGCAGGAAGAUACCUGGAGACCAGCCUCGACCAAUAGCCGAUCUGUCGGCGUAUCAUGA